AUGGCUCUCAUCAACCCCGUACAUGGCCUUGUGGUCCCCUUCCUAUUCAUGUUCACCCUCCCACUGGCCAUAUUCGCAGGCGUGACCUCCGCCCUCGCCUUUUCAGUAUUGAUGUUCAGGGCGGCCAUCGUCUACCUCGAUAUCGCCCUCGCUUUCGUGCCACAGUACUUCCUGCGCGGCAAGAGCAAGUCCUCCUUAUCCUCGGCAGACAGUCAACGCCGCUAUUCCCGCGGUGACGGCUGGAGGACGCCGGCAUCACCACUUUCCAGCGCCCGUUCCAGCUCUUCCAGCCACAGCCCCCCUUCUCCCUUCCCUCAAACAACCGGUCACCCCAACUCAGGGUACAUCUCCCCCCGCCGAAAAUCCAGCUACGGUUUCAGGAAACACUCCAGGCGCUCCUCCAGCCAGGUAUCUAUUUCCUCACCGGGGACGAUCACUCCCAUCCAUGAAAACCAAGUUCUCAACGACAUCACCACCAUCACCCCAGCCACCUUUGCCGACGCAAGCCUCCCCCCGGCUACCUUUGCCGAUGCAGUCCUCACCCCAUCUGUCGGCUUGGACCGUGACUAUGAAGGCAUUGGCGGGUGGAGGCUCGACAACAACGACAGCGACUCGGACUGGACCAGCAUCAACUCUCGCCUUGAACUCGCACAUGAAGGACGAGCUCCCUUCACCCGCGGCCAUUCCCGUUCGCAUAGUGCAGGGCCGAUGCCUAGCCCUAGCGGGUCCUAUCUUACCCCGAGAAGCGGAUCGAGGAGGGGGACGAUAAUGAACGAUAUCAACCAUGACUGGCUCGCUUCAACAGGUGGGUUUGGGGCAAGGACUGCGGGGCCGACGCCGAAUGCUUCGACGGUGAGGCUGAACCAGACGUUUCCAAUCCCCCCACCGGCGUUCACGACGCUGGAGAUGGAGUCGAGGAUUAGCCAUGACUUGCUGAGUCCGAGGUCGGUGAGAAAGACUCCGGCUGCCUGA